GUGUAAGUGAGAGAAACAAAAAAGAUUACUUUAGAUUCUGUAGCAGCGGCAGAUUGCUAAAGUUUUGUUGUAGUAUAGCCAACCCCUUCAGAUUUCAGAGAGAGAAACACCUUACUGUGUUUUUACUGUGUGAGAGAGAGAUAGAGAGAUUAAACCCCCGGUGAAGAUGAUAGCUUAUUUAGAGCAUUUCGUUCACGAGAACGACUCCGACGCCAUGCUCCAACAAGAAGACGAAGAAGCAGCUUCUAGAUUAUGCCAAGCCAUGGACCUUCAAGGCACUAUCGAUUACAGGUCUACCGGCUACGCCGGAAAAGACUUCGGCGGCUUGCAUGCAUCAACGCCGUUAGCCGUCAUCAGACCUUCCGGUAGCCACGACAUCGCAAGUGUCAUCAGAUUCGCGUCUCAAUCGCCGAAUCUGACGGUGGCGGCAAGGGGAAACGGUCACUCAAUCAACGGUCAAGCCAUGGCCAACAGAGGACUCGUCCUCGACAUGAAGGAGUCUUCCGAUGCCGGAAUUGACCUCAUCCGUUACACCGACGGUUACGCCGUCGACGUCGGCGGUGGAGCAUUAUGGGAAGACGUAUUGCGAUGGUGCGUUUUGGAGUUUGGUUAUUCCCCGCGGUCGUGGACGGAUUACCUAGGGUUAACCGUCGGCGGAACGCUGUCUAACGCCGGUGUUAGCGGCCAGACUUUCCGGUAUGGUCCGCAAACGUCAAAUGUAACAGAAUUGGAAGUUGUUACAGGUAACGGAGACACCGUGAUCUGUUCCGACACCCAAAAUUCGGAGCUUUUCUUCUCCGUUCUCGGCGGACUUGGACAAUUCGGUAUCAUUACUCGGGCUCGGAUCCUUGUUCAACCCGCCCCGGAUAUGGUGAGAUGGAUAAGGGUAGUAUACUCCGAGUUUGACGAGUUCACCCAGGACGCUGAGUCGUUAAUAACCCAGUCAGAAGGCGAGUCGUUUGAUUACGUUGAAGGAUUCGUGUUUGUUAACAGCGACGACCCGGUAAACGGAUGGCCAUCAGUGCUACUUAACCCGGAUCAUGCCUUCGACCCGACUCCCAUGACCCGAUUCGACAACCCGGUUUUGUAUUGUUUAGAAGUCGCUUUACAUUACAACAAGGGAAACUGCUCUACAACAGUCGAUACAAGAGUAGAGAAGUUGCUUGGACGGCUGAGAUUUAUGGAGGACACCCAAUUCCAGGUGGACCUCACCUACGUGGAUUUUUUACUACGUGUAAAAGAAGCCGAAAAACAAGCAAAAGCAAACGGCAUAUGGGACACCCCACAUCCUUGGCUCAACCUAUUUGUAUCCAAAUCCUCGAUCAUGGAUUUUGAUCGUUGUGUGUUCAAGAAAAUAUUGAAAGAUGGCAUUGGGGGGCCUAUGUUAGUCUAUCCUAUUCUGCGAAGCAAGUGGGACGAACGUGCAUCAAUAGUAUUACCGGAAGGAGAUAUCUUUUAUAUAGUUGCAUUGCUCCGGUUCACAAAUCCGUAUCAAAAGUCCCCUUCUGUUAGAGAUCUAGUUUUACAAAAUCAAGAAAUCAUACAAACUUGUGUUAGAAGUGGAUUCGAUUUCAAGUUGUAUCUUCCUCAUUACAAUACCGAAGAUGAUUGGAAGCAACACUUUGGGGAUCGAUGGUUGUGGUUCGUGGAGAUGAAAUCGAGAUAUGAUCCGAUGGCUAUUCUUGCACCGGGGCAAAAGAUUUUUACAAGACAUGAUGAGUCUUGUUGAUUAAUCCAUAUGGUUGUAGGGUUGUACAAUUAUUUUUUGUUACAAAUUUUAUAUUCUGUUAUUGACUCUUGUAUUUUUUUUUUUCAUUUUAGUUUUUUGUGUUCGAUUGGAAAAGGAAGAAAUUUCAAGCAAACAAUGUAAAUGAAUACUUUUGGGCAAC